UCUAUUCGGGUUUGCGUGUUCAUUGCGAAGCAACAAGGAAAAAGAAAAUCAACCAUUGAAGAGAAUUUAAACAUCAUCACGAUUAACGCAAUGCAAUGUGAAGAAAAAACUUUUGCAUUGAUUCUACAUCCACUGAAAAUCUGGUUUAUUGUCAAAGUAAUUUUCCUGUUUCUGUUUUCAGUUUCUUUCCCCUUGAAACAGCAGCUAGUUUUGGCUCAAGUAUCUGCGUGCAAAGUUAUAACGCUAAAAUUUAUCAAUUUUUUCUUUAUAUUUUUGAAUCAGAGUUCUUAAACCUCCUUGUGAAGUGUGUAUAGUGGUGUCAGCAUUAAAAAAACGUCACAUCAGCUUUAACGUCUGUCUUCUUUCAUUGAAGUGGGACUUUGCGAUCACGCAGAAUCUUCUCUCAACUGCCCCAAUGGAUAACAGGAAUUUAACUUUUCAUCAGUGUUUUCCUUAUAUAAAGUUGUAUUUAAUUUGAAUAGAGGUGUUUGCAGUAAGAAGCGGAUUUUCAAGAUUAAACCCAGCCAUGGCAAAACGUUCCGCGGUGUUGUUGUUUGUUUUGGUGUCAUACUGUGUUUGUUUGUCGAUGUCAAUCGAAGUCAAACGAAGUCGAUUGAAUUCGAUCGCUGGCGAGACUACUUCUUGCGUUACAAGUAGGGAAGAUAAGGACAUCAUGGAAAGCUGCCUUGAGAAGUACAAACUAGGCUUCGACAAUCUGGGACCUUACGAUCCAGAAAAGGACCCGCCAUCUUGUGCGGUUGAUUUGGGUUUGGCUGAAUGUCUAAGUCAAAGCGGAUGCUUUGGCAAGCCUAACACGAAUGCUCUUCGUCUUCUUAUUUUCAAUCAACUUGUGUUCACUAAAAGAGUUGAACUAUGCAAGCAGAAUGACUUCCAGAGGCUCUUAAAUGAAGCCAAGACAAAAAAUGAAAAAUCCGAUCCAGAUUUCGGCCGGAAUCUGGCGAAAAUCACCGAGAUGAAUGAUAUGAUACCAGAUCCUUGUGCCACAUUUGUGUAUGCGGUAUGUGGCAGAAACUUCACAAUUGAAUUGAGGAAACACCCCGGAUACAAUCCAGCUGAGUUGUGUGCUGUCUUUUUUCACGAAGGUGACUGCAUAUACCGUGAAGCCCAAAAGUAUUGUGAUUCCAAAAUCCUGAAGCGGUUCAAAGAAAAUUCAGAUGCAGCUGCCGCUGUUGUUUUGAGUGCCUUUUGUCCUCAUUCGACCAGUCAUGACAUGAGAGAGGAAUUAACUGACGAGAAACGGCUGGACAAAUUGUUCAGAUUAAAUAGAAAUACCUCAUGAAUUUGGAAAAAUCUUUUGAAAGUGCAAGGGAUAACCCAGUAAAUCAGUUUAAAGGAUACUAAAUGAUUUCACUUCCUUCUAAGACAUAAUGAAAGGAUUAUAUGAGCCAACUCAUUCAUGCUUUAGCAAUGAAAUAUCGGGGUGGCAAAGUUUUUUGUUAUUAAUUUUAGUGGCAUAUUUAGAGGCAAUCGUACAGGUUCAUCAAGAACAAGGCUAGCAAAUCAUAAACAUUUACUGUGGAAAUAAAGAUAGCGUUGUUAAAGGAAAAA